AUGCUUCUACUCAAUCUCCCGGCCUUGCUACAUGCUCUCGGCACCGAGAACAACUUGGUCGGAUUUGAUCCACGUGGCGUCAACAACCCCGGACCGGUUCUAUCUUGCUUUCUUGAUGGUGAACUGGGCACAUCAAGGCUUUAUCGCGACCUCGAUACACCAGUCGACAUGCACGAUGCGAAAUCCUAUGGAGAGGUGUUCGCUCGUGCUACAGCCUUUGGGGAAUUCUGCACAAAUGCUCAUUCUGCUGCCAAUGACACGGCAAAAUACGUUAAUACUGUCGCAAUUGCCAACGACAUGCGACACUACAUCGAGCUACUGGCGAAAUCAAAGGGCCAAAACGUACAGAACGCGCAACUUUGGUACUAUGCACUCUCCUAUGGAAGCGUCCUGGGAACUACCUUUGCAUCUCUAUUCCCAAAUCGCGUUGGCAGAAUUGCUGUCGAUGGUAUCGUAGAUGGGGAGGAUUACUACAACGGCAAAUGGUCCGCCAAUGUGGCUGAUGCAGACUACGCCUUCCGCUACUUCUUCCGAAGAUGCCACGAGGCAGAUUCUCCAGAUGCGAUUGAACAUCGGUUUGACAAGAUUGCUGCUGACCUGCAAAAAAUGCCAAUACCAGCGACUCUGGGUACACCACUGGUCAUCACUCAUACGCAUCUGAAGAUGGUCGUGGCUAAGGCAUCUUACUUCCCACUCGAGUCCUACGUGGAACUUGCCAACAUGCUCGUCGAGCUUGAAAAGGGAAACGGCACUGGCGUCGCAGACAAUCUGGGGCUCGCCCUCAGAUUCAACAGCUGCUCGGUACUCCCGCUCUGGUCUUAUCCAGACGCGGAGCCUGAGAAAUUCAUCGCAUGCACGGAUGCGAAUGGCCGCGCCAACCUGACCUACGAGGGCUUCGUCGUGCGCGCGGACGAAUUGAUCCGCACGAGCAAGUACCUUGGUGAAGCUUGGGCGGCAGGUACUUCGAUCAGUUGUCGCAAGCUCGACAUCAGGGCGCCGAAGUCACAGGUCUUGAACGAAUACCCGAGUGCCCCGACAACCAGCACUCCUCUGUUGUUCCUCUCGGCUUCGAUCGAUCCAGUCACGCCCCUGAGAAGUGCCCGAAAGAUGACGAAUCGGUUCGGAGGGGCGAGGUUGCUGAUCCAAGACAGUGUUGGACACACGACGACUGCAUCAACAUCAGAGUGUACGUAUGGGUAUCUGAGGAAGUACUUUAGCGAUGGUUCGUUGCCUGAGGAUGGUACUGUUUGUCCUGUUGACGUUUAUCCAUUCCGCGAUGCGCCAGUCGAUUGUCCGCUGAUAAUUAUGGAGAGAGGUCUCUUCGGUAUCUCAUCGUUUCUGUAA